AUGUCAUCAUCUGAAAUGUUGUGUUUUGUGCGAUAUUUUGGUCUCAUUGUCGGUGAGUUGGUUCCAAUGGAAACAGAAAUUUGGAAAUUAUAUAUAGUUCUUAGAAAAAUUAUUGAUAUUUGUUGUGCUAGGGUACUUCAACCUGAAUGUUCUCAUCUACUUGAUGCAUUGGUUUCUGAACAUAAUCGAUUAUAUUUAUAUUUUUCCAAUUGUUCAUUGAAACCAAAAUAUCACAUUCUUACACACUAUGGUAGACUUCUUCUUGCAAAUGGUCCGAUUUCAUUAACUUCUUCACUAAGAUUUGAGUCCAAACAUAAAGUGUUAAAAGCAUUUGCAAAUGCAAUACCCUGUCGUAUCAAUCUUGGCUAUACCUUAGCACAUAAGCUCCAGUUACAAAUGGUCAAUCGUUUUUUAAACCAAACAGGGAUAAACCCUGACUUAUUAAAGGUAGGAUCGUGCAAAAACUUAAAUACUUUUGAUGAGUUUAGUACUCAAUUAUUUAAUUUUUUACCUAUCGAAUUAAAACAUGUAGUAACUUCAGCACCUUGGAUAGAACUUAGAGGAAUUUCUUACAAACCAGGUAUGCUUGUAAUUUUGGAAAUCAAUUUAAACAAUUGUAUAUUUGGAAAAAUAAUAAAUAUUAUUCUUGGUAAUUCAAGAACUCCAUACAUAGUGUGUGAGCUUUUUCUUACUGUCGGGUUCGACUCUCAUUUCCAUGCAUAUGAAUUAACGAAAUAUGAUGAAAAAGAAAAUAAUCUAAUAGGUUGUUAUAUAAAAGAUUUACCUAAUUCGACGCCUACAGUUCUUAGAGUUUUGGGAAAUGGUAGUAUGUAUGCGUCAUUAAGAUAUGCACUAUAA